AUAAAACCACAGGAUAAAGAUGAAAUAAAUGUCUGCUGUCAAUGAUGUAUAGAUUAGUGUUACAGAAAUCUGUCACAGUGACAGGUGUUAGUGAUUGUCAUCACAUUACCCGUGUAUCAUCAGACCGGGUCUGGAUCAGUGAUGAUUAUAACAAUCUCAUCUUGACAAACACAGCAGGUGAUAAACUACAUCACCUGACAGAUAUAGCUAGUGUAUGGGGAGUACACACUGUGAAUAAUGACGAUGAUUUAAUUUAUAUAGACAGUCACAGUAACAUCAACAAACUGUCUACAGAGAACACAGUAAAGACUCCAUUAAUAAAGUACACAGCACCAUGGAGACCACUGAGUGUCUACAGCUCCCCCUCCACUGGAGACCUGCUGGUCGGGAUGUGUUAUAGAUAUACAGCCAAGUUAGUGCGGUAUAACUCCACAGGAGAACACAUCCAGACCAUACAGCACGACAACAACACAGGUCAGGGACUGUAUAGAUCACCUAUCUACAUCACAGAGAACCGCAAUGGAGAUGUUAUUGUGUCUGACUUAGGCCGUGAUGCUGUAGUGGUGACAGAACGGGGAGGAAGUCAUCGCUUCUCCUACACAGGACCUCCAUCAGGAUCAGGACUAUUACCAUAUGGAAUCUGUACUGACGCGCUGUCACACAUCCUGGUGUGUGAUGAUUACACCGAGUCAGUACAGAUGUUAGACAGAGAAGGUAACUUUCUGUCACAGAUACAGACAUCACCACACGGGAUAAACAGACCAUGGGGCCUGAGUUAUGAUGAUCACACACACCUACUGUGGGUAGGGUCAGCCAUCAACAACACAGUCAACAUAUACAGAGUGGUAGAUACACACUCUCUGACUGGACUCCCUCUGGAGGACAUCAAAUGCAAAAAGCACCCCAGAAGUCCCCUGGACCAGUUCUGUACCCCGUGUGGUGUUCCCUUGUGUGUGGAGUGUACCAGCUCUGAGGAUCACAGAAGACAUGACCUUAGAAAUAUAGAGGACUUGUUUGACAACAUUCGCAGGAUAAAAGAUGGAUAUAUAUUUCUGAUGUCCCUUCUUCUUUCCAAUUCCUACAAAAUAAGCAUGAAAGAAAGAAACUGGAUGAACAAAUAUAAUGCUGUUGCCAAAAGUUUUCAUUCCAAGAAAAUCACAAAGCCAUUUGCUCUUACAGAUUUAGAAAAAUACAAACCAAUUCUGAAACUCGAUGAAUUAGAGAUCAGUUUUUCAACUGAGCUCUUCAAAAAUAUCAGUUUCCUGAAAUUUUCAAAGAGUUUUGGGUUAAACUUUACUGAUAUUUUCUUGACUUGGGCAGAAAAAGAAAACAUUGCUGAGUACUGUAGAUCCUGGAAUUAUCCAAGAAGAGAGGAUGAAGUUUGUUGUUGGUUACUGCCAGAAAAAACUGAGGAGUUGUUAGAAAGACUUGGGGAAGAUAUUUUCACACACCCAACAAUGAAGGACCAGUCAUUCAAUGAAGCUGUAUUUAGAAAAUUUGGAAUACCAAUGCAGAUUAUCUUAAGGGGAGACAAAUCAGUGAAGAAUUUCAUUGAGAAUUUAGAGAAAGGGAAGACAACCAUGUACCACGCCACUGGAAUGAUAAUAGGAUGUGCAGGUAGUGGUAAAACCACAUUGUUAGAGAGACUGAAGGGUAUUGACCUGGAAGAAAUAAAGAAAAGUAUCGGUUCAACCAGGGGAGUCGAUAUCCACACGGACAUUUUUGAUGUGACAGAUAGCAUCCAAGCUAAUUCUUCAAGCCAACAACAACGCUUUAAACUUAGACUUGAUAAAAACAACCUAAAACAGAGUGUCCCUGAAUAUCAUUCAGAGAAUGCAGCUGGUGAUGGGGAAACGCAGGAAAAGAUGGAACCAGUUGAUGAUGAGAGCAAUACAAUUGAAGCAUCAGACAGUGGACAGAUACCACAUGAUGAUACCGACAUUAAAACUACCUCUUCCUUUGAACCACAAGGGACCACAUCACCAGAAAAUUUAGUAGAAGUUAUGAAGGAAAGCAAAGAUAUUCCACAUAGUUCAGAAAUUUCUGGAAAUUUGCAGAUAGAGGCAAAAAACAUUUCAGAAGAUCCAGAUAAAAAAAUUACCAUGUCUGACUUUGCGGGACAGUGCGCCUAUUAUGCCUCACACCAGAUUUUUCUGAGUCCACGGGCAUUCUUUAUUCUGGUGCUCAAUAUGGAGAAGAAGUUUGAUGAUAAGGUUGGAGAAGAAGUGUGUUGUCAGGAAGGCUCUGUUUAUGGGGGAUGGACACACAGAGAUUAUCUUGAAUUCUGGAUGAAGUCCAUACACCAAUACAGCAGUGAUAAGGCCCCAGUCAUCCUGGUUGGUACCCAUAGUGAGAAUAAAACAGAAAAGGAAAAAGAAUUGUUUUUCCGUGAAGUAUGGAAGACUCUAGACAUGAAGAAGAAGUCUUUACAAAAACAUAUUGAUGUGAAGCGGCGAUUUGCAGUUGGAUUCCAUGACAAUGAAAGCAUUGAAAAACUCAAGCUGUCCAUUGCUGAUGUGGUGUGCAGGCUUGAUCACUGGGGUGAAGAGCUUCCACAGUCAUGGGCUAUGUUUGAAACACUCUUUCGGAAAAAGAAAAUCCACAAGAUUUUGAGUAGGGAUGAACUUCAGUCCUUCAAUGAAACAUUACCAGAGGGAAUAAAGCUCCAUACUAUUGAAGAUAUGAAUGCCAUGCUGCAGUUCUUCCAUGAUAUCAGAGAAAUUAUACACUUCAAUCAACAAUUCCUAAAUGAAACUGUUAUUCUCGAUGUUCAGUGGUUUGCAGAUGCAUUUAAAAAUGUCAUAACAGAUAAAAACCAUGCAAAAGAGGAUUUAUUCGAAUUUGCCUCAGAAUGGGACAAAUUCAAUGAAACUGGAGAGUUAGAUGAAACACUCCUUAAUGCUAUAUGGACAAUACACAAUAAUGAUUACAUUGAGCAUAAAGAAGACAUCAUGAUGUACAUGGAGAAGCUUGGACUCUUAGCUAAAACGAGUGACAAAAAGUGGUAUGUCCCUUGUAUGAACAAGAUGCAAUUUCCAGUAGACUGCUUCUCAUCAUACCCUGCCUCCUCCAUCCUUUGCUACACGAUUGAUGUUCUUCCUGUGGAAAUUUUCCAUCGCCUUGUAGCAACCUGCAUGCAGAUUCCUAAUUGGGACAUUUUCUCUGAUGAAGAAAGAGGAUGCAUUUACCAGACUGUAGCUAUUUUCAUGUUUCAUGACCAGCACCAUAACAUCAUGCUUGGAAUGACUCAAACAGAAAUUCAACUGCAAGUGUUUGUUGUGGAGGGAGACGUUGAUGUUUCAAAAUGUCACCAGAUUAGAGAAAACAUUGACCGUAUAUUAUUGAACCUUUCCAACACAUUCCAGAAAAACUCAGAAUUCCAGGUUGCAUUCAAAUGCAAAUCAACUGGAUUUUGUAAUAACAAAGAAAGCGCUGUUAUAAGUGAAUCUAAAUUUGUCAGAGAAACUUUUCUGUGUCCAUCCUGUCCGGCAAACAAAAAGCAUUGUAUCAUCACAGGAGAUAUAACAAAAUAUUGGAAACAGACAAAACCGAGUAAUCCCAGCACUUCCAUGCCUUCUGGAAAAGACCUUGAGGGCCAAUCUAGAUUUGCCAAACUUGGAAUGGCAACAAACGAUGUGUUAACUCAGGCAUACAGAGAUAUACUAGAGAUGGAGGUUCCCCCUUUCCUAAUUUACAACAAGGUGAAAGCAUCAUCAAUUUAUAAAAGAUUACGCCCCGAGCAAGAAUAUCUCUUACAAAAUCCUCAACAAUCAGGAUAUAAGAAUUUAGAUAUUUCAUUAACAUACACAUUGAUCAGAAACAUUUGUUCAAAGAUUCCCAAACCAACAAAAGGAAAAUGGGGAGAAGAGCCAGCAGCAGGAGAGGUGACCGUAGGAGAUGAUAUCGAGAGAAUUAGGUCAAUCCGAAACAGUUUGACUGCACAUGUGAGCUCAGCCUCCACCCCUCAGACAGAAUUUGAUGACACCUGGUCAACGAUGUCAGACAUCUGCAAGAGAUUGGAAACCUUCACUGGAAAGAAGUAUUUGGAUAAACUUAAAAAUAUUCAAAAACUAAAAAUAAAGGAGGAAGAUGAAGAUGCUGUUAUAAAAAUGCAAGAAAUGUGGGAGAAAAUCAAAUCAAAUAUGCAAGAAUUUGAAUCCAUGUUACAACCUUACAAAGAAACUACAAAUUAGGAUUACCACUCUUAGAAUGCUGAGUGGAAUGUUUGAAUAAUUACUUGUACAACCUGGUCGACAAUUUCAGAUAUCUGUCAAAGAUUGGAAACUUUCACUAGGAAGAUUUACUUGGUUAACCUUAAUGAAAUUCAGGAACUGACCUUAAGAAAGGAAACUGAAGAUGCUGUAAUAGAAAGGAUAAAAAUGGAAAGUCAGCAUGAAAUGGUGAAGUCAAUAUUGUCUGAUGUGCAAAAAAAUAAACAGCAGUAUUGAAGCUUGAAAGCAAGGAUGCUCCAAAUUAGGAGUAUUACUCGUAGAAUGUAUGACUACAUGAA